UAGAACAUAAUACUACUACAAUAUCAUUCUCUCAUAUACCAGUCCAAACACAAAAAAUAAGAAAUGGGAAGUGCCGGCAUUCACUUAACUUGGCAGGACCUAUGGGUGACGGUGCCGGAUAAGGCGGGCAAGCGGAGACCCAUCCUCCGCGGCCUCACCGGCUAUGUUCAGCCGGCCGAGGUCCUAGCCAUCAUGGGCCCCUCCGGGUGCGGCAAGUCCACCCUCCUCGACGCAUUAGCAGAGAGACUCCAUUUCAACACCAGACAGAAGGGAGACAUCCUCAUCAACGGCCGCAAGCAGCGGCUGCCAUUUGGCACUUCAGCGUACGUGGCCCAGGACGAUGCCCUAGUGACGACACUCACCGUGAGGGAAGCCGUGUGCUACUCGGCUCUCCUCCAGCUUCCGGAUUCCAUGCCAGAAUCUGAGAAAAGGGAGAGAGCCGAGGCCACCAUCAAAGAGAUGGGGCUGAGCGACGCGAUCGACACGAGGAUCGGUGGGUGGAACGUGAAGGGGCUGAGCGGGGGCCAGAAGAGAAGGGUCAGCAUCUGCAUAGUGCUGCUGCGGAGGCCGAGGCUGCUGUUCCUUGACGAGCCCACGAGCGGCCUCGACAGUGCUGCCUCGUACCACGUAAUGAAACGCAUCGUUGGACUCGCCCAACACGAGAGGAUAAGCGUGGUUGCAUCAAUUCACCAACCAAGUUCGGAGGUUUUCGAGCUUUUCCAUAAUCUUUGCCUUCUCUCUUGUGGCCAGACUGUUUAUUUUGGCUCCAUUUCAGCAGCAAAUGAGUUUUUUGAAACAAAUGGAUUCAUAUGUCCACCAAAGAGGAAUCCUUCUGAUCAUUAUUUGAGAACAAUUAAUCAAGACUUUGAUUUGGAUAUCGAACAAGGGUUUGCAAGGGAAGCUAUUAACGUUUUGGUUGAAGCCUACGAGUCAUCUCAUAUUUUCACACAAGUGAAACAAUUUGUGGAUGAAAUAAAACAACAGAAGAAUGGAUGGUUGGAGAAGAAAGGAAAACAAGCAGGGUUGAUAAGUCAAUGUGCAGUUUUAACAAGAAGAUCAUAUUUGAACAUGUUUCGUGACGUGGGAUAUUACUGGUUUCGCUUUGGAAUAUAUGUUGUUUUAUGCUUAUGCAUGGGAACCGUUUUUCAUAAUAUUGGCUCUACUUAUCGUUCCAUUCAGGGGAGGGCUUCAUUGUUGGUUUUUGUUUCAUCAUUCAUGACAUUUAUGUCAAUUGGAGGCUUCCCUUCUUUUGUGGAGGAUAUGAAAAUAUUCACGUGCGAGCGUCUCAACGGGCACUACAGUGUGGCUGCAUUCGUGGUCGGAAACACCAUCUCCUCCUUCCCAUACCUUCUCCUCGUAACGGUCAUUCCCGGGGCGAUGGUGUACUACCUCGUCGGCCUCCAGCAAGGCGCCAGCCACUUCGCUUAUUUCGUGAUCCUUCUCCUGAGCUGCUUAAUGUUGGUGGAGAGCCUAAUGAUGACGGUGGCGACCCUAGUGCCUAACUUCCUUGUCGGGAUCAUUGCCGGGGCCGGAAUCCAGGGCAUCAUGAUCCUUAACGACGGCUUCUUCCGGCUGCCCGACGACAUACCGAAGGUUAUUUGGAAGUUUCCGGUUUACUACAUCUCCUUCCAAAGGUACGCCAAUGAAGGCUUCUACAAGAAUGAGUUCGAGGGGCUGAUGCUGCCCGACGGGCAGUUUGGGCAGAUAAGGGGGGAGGAGAUUUUAGAGCGUGUUUGGCAGAUAGAAAUGGGGCGGUCAAAGUGGGUGGAUAUGGGCAUUGUUAUUGGGAUGGUGGUGGUUUAUAGGUUGUUGUUUUGGGGUAUUGUGAUGGCGGCAGAUGUUUUAAAGCCUAUGGGUAGAGCCAUUUUGGCGCGAUUAGCCUCACUAAGGUCUAAUGUGGAAGAUGAGUUUUAGAGGAGUUUAUUACUCCCUCCGUCCCACAUGAGUCACAUUUGGUGUGGGUACGGGUUUUAAGAAACGUAAAGAAUAGUGAGUUGGAGAAAUACCACUUUUUUAUAUUGAUUUUUUUAUAGUAAUAAAAUGUGAGUCAGGUGAGUUAGUUGAAUGUGAGACCUAUAUACUAUUUGUGGUAAAAGUAAAAUGUAACUUUAUUGUGGGUCAGAGAGUUCGUAUUUUUAAUAAUACUGGGUGAUUUUACUA